UUUAUCUCUCAGACUUCUAGCGAAAGGCAAACUGCCAAGGUAGACUCAAUGGUCUGUUUCUCUGUCUAUUUUACUUUCGUCUUCUUUUCCAUCUUCAUCAUCUCACUCUCCUAAUCUUCAUCAUCUUCAUGAACAUCCUCAUCAAUGAACAAAUCUAACUAAUCUUUUUUCUUUCUUUUUUGUCUCUGUUUUUUAUCUUCACCCUCAUCAUCAUCAUCAUCUCUCUCUCUCUCUCACUCUACAGGUUUUGCCCCCUUUCAUGAAGCCCUUGGACUUGAAUUAAUUGUUUGUUGAUUGUUUAUGUCAACUGAAAAGUGAAUUAAAAUCAACUUUUCUUUUUGUCUAAAUUAAUUGUAAGGAUUUAAUUCACUUGCUGUGUAAUAAUCAUCACCUUGUGUAUACUUAUCAUCAUCAUCAUCAUCAUCAUGGUUAUAAACGAUUGAAGUUCAGCAAAUUGUCACAACAACAAUUAGUUAAUCAUAAAUCUGUUGAAGAAAAACAAAAACUUUUUUCAAACUUUGAAUUGUCAUUUAAACUGAUAACUUUUAAUCAUCUUAAUUGUCACCGAAUAACAAUUUGAAAUCAUGUUCAUUUCAACUCAAAUUUUCCUCUUAAUUGUAACCCUAUUUGUAACUUUAUCCAUCAUAUCAGCAACAUCUUCAUCACCCACCGGGGACAAUGAUGUUACCACCAAUGAAUCAGAUUCAGCUUUGGCCAACAAAAACGCUGAUGAUGUUUUUCGUCAAAUGGUCUACAAAGCACCGGGUAGUAUCUCGAUGGGCCGUCUUGCAGGUCAAUCUAAUAUGCGGGAAGAGGUUCAAAAGUUUCGUGAGUUUUUGCAAACCCGCCGCCCGCAGCCAAGUGAUUGGGUGAAAUUCAAACCACCCACCACCACCACCACAAGUACCACCACGGGCACAACCGCCCCACCCAAUUUAUCUGAAUGUUUCAUUGAAAUUCAAGAGAUCAGAAAGGUUCCUGGUAGAUGCAUUAAGCUUGGCGGUCGGAUACCAGCUUGUCAAUCAACUUCAUCGGAAAUGAUUGAUAUUAAUUAUGUUAAUUGUUAACAAUUAACUUCAUCACCUUUGAUUCCUUAAUUAUUUUAAUCAUAAUUUGUCAACUUGUCAUUAUCUCAUCUUCAUUAACUUUUAAUUGUUUGUUUUUUUUUGUCAUAAUCACAAUCCCUUUGAUAUUUUGCUUUCCUCGUUUAACGAUUGAUUAACUAAUUAAUCACAAUUAAAAUCUAAUUUAAAGAGAUAAA